CCGUAAUUGCGACACUCACUCCUUUGCGCUUCACCAGACACAGAGCGACCGCCAGCCCCAAGAGCAGCUCCAGGCUGGAUCUGCGCCGGACACAGGAGAAAGCAGCGGGCAGGCUGAGCAGGAGUGCUGAGGAUGGAGGAAAGUUGGGAGGCUGAGCACGCUGAAGUCCUGAGCUCCCUGUGCCCUUGACUUCUCUGUGGGCUCAAGCAAGGACCAUCCCAACUCAGGAUGAACCCUCCUUCGGGGCCAAGAGUCCCGCCGAGCCCAACCCAGGAGCCCAGCUGCAUGGCCACCCCAGCCCCACCCAGUCAGUGGGACAGCUCCCAGAGCAGCAUCUCCGGCCUGGGCCAGCUUCCAUCCAUCAGUCCCAUGGCAGCUGGGACUCGGGCUGCUGCCUGGGUCCCCUUCCCCACGGCGGAUGUUCCAGACCAUGCCCACUAUACCCUGGGCACAGUGAUCUUGCUGGUGGGACUCACGGGGAUGCUGGGCAACCUGACGGUCAUCUAUACCUUCUGCAGAGCUGUGCUUCAUGGAGUCACUGUGAUGAUGCAGAGCAGAGGCCUCCGGACACCUGCCAACAUGUUCAUUAUCAACCUCGCAGUCAGCGACUUCCUCAUGUCCUUCACCCAGGCCCCUGUCUUCUUCACCAGUAGCCUCUAUAAGCAGUGGCUCUUUGGGGAGACAGGCUGCGAGUUCUAUGCCUUCUGUGGAGCUCUCUUUGGCAUUUCCUCCAUGAUCACCCUGACGGCCAUCGCCCUGGACCGCUACCUGGUAAUCACACGCCCGCUGGCCACCAUUGGUGUGGCGUCCAAGAGGCGUGCAGCAUUUGUCCUGCUGGGCGUUUGGCUCUAUGCCCUGGCCUGGAGUCUGCCACCCUUCUUUGGUUGGAGCGCCUACGUGCCCGAGGGGUUGCUGACAUCCUGCUCCUGGGACUACAUGAGCUUCACGCCGGCCGUGCGUGCCUACACCAUGCUUCUCUGCUGCUUCGUGUUCUUCCUCCCUCUGCUUAUCAUCAUCUACUGCUACAUCUUCAUCUUCAGGGCCAUCCGGGAGACAGGACGGGCUCUCCAGACCUUCGGGGCCUGCAAGGGCAAUGGCGAGUCCCUGUGGCAGCGGCAGCGGCUGCAGAGCGAGUGCAAGAUGGCCAAGAUCAUGCUGCUGGUCAUCCUCCUCUUCGUGCUCUCCUGGGCUCCCUAUUCCACUGUGGCCCUGGUGGCCUUUGCUGGGUACGCACACGUCCUGACACCCUACAUGAGCUCGGUGCCAGCCGUCAUCGCCAAGGCCUCUGCAAUCCACAACCCCAUCAUUUAUGCCAUCACCCACCCCAAGUACAGGGUGGCCAUUGCCCAGCACCUGCCCUGCCUGGGGGUGCUGCUGGGUGUAUCACGCCGACACAGUCGCCCCUACCCCAGCUACCGCUCCACCCACCGCUCCACACUGAUCAGCCACACCUCCAACCUCAGCUGGAUCUCCGGACGGAGGCGCCAGGAGUCCCUGGGCUCAGAGAGUGAGGUGGGCUGGACACACAUGGAGGCAGCAGCUGUGUGGGGAGCUGCCCAGCAAGCGAAUGGGCGGUCCCUCUACGGUCAGGGUCUGGAGGACUUGGAAGCCAAGGCACCCCCCAGACCCCAGGGGCAGGAAGCAGAGACUCCAGGGAAGACCAAGGGGCUGAUCCCCAGCCAGGACCCCAGGAUGUAGGACGCCCACUGGCUCUCCCUUUCUUCUGGGACACAUCCAGCCCCCCCACGUCUCCCCCAUAUACACAGACCCAGGAUUACGCUGUGAGCCUGCAGGCUUUGGAAGUGGCCCUGUCACCCGUGCUGCGCGGGAUUCGCAGCCCCAGCCCCAUGUCCCCUCUCCACACCUCAAAACUCCCGCCCCACAACGUCCUCCACACCCACUUUCCAGCUCAGCAGCCGCACCCCAGGCUCAGCCUGAGGGGUGUGUGCCCAGGCCCUCCCACUUCCCCAGUCAUCUGCCUCUCCUCAAAUGCUGUGUGCUGCAAUUGUCCAGGCGAUGACAAUGGUGAUGGCUCCAGAGAACACACCAGCUAUUUAUGAGCCUCUGCCCCCAAGCUGGGCCUGUCACUGGCAUAGGAAGGCCAGCCCGGCAUCUCCCACUGCCAACAGCUGAAGCUGAGCACAGACCUCCCUUUGCACACUGGAACAGUUACUCACCUGUGGCUUCUUCCCCCAGCGUACCGUUCCACUGUGGCCCACAUUCUUGUGCACACGGGCAUUUCCAGGCACGCUCUCGCGUAGUUACCUAUCUAAAUGGACACCAAACACAUGCAUGCACACUCUGCAUCUGUGAUUCGUUUCACGUAGUGGUCUAAGCUCCUCCCAGGGCUGUGUGGAUCUGACAGAGUAUAGGAAAAUAAAAAGCGGAGACAGUGUCUUCAGACAAA